AUGCACAAGAAAGAUGUCGAGAAGCUUGUAAACAACCGACUUCGUAACUUAAAGUUUGGUGGAAAUUUUGAAAAUGCUCUACGCAAGGAGGUGGACCAAGCAAACUCUAUGCCUUUCACUACUGAAAUCAAGCAGGCUGCUCCCCUAAAGAGAUUCUCAACGCCUUCAUUCACGCAUUUCAAAGGGGAUUCUGAUCCCGAGAGCCAUCUAAAGCACUUCAAAAGUGUCAUGAUGCUCUACAAGACCAACGAUGUGCUAAUGAGCAAGGUGUUUGCAAUGACCUUACUAGGAGUAGCCCAAGACUAG